AUGAGUUUCGAAAACGCAGUGAUAGGAGCGACGGCCAGCUCGCUGGCCAACAUCGCAGUGUACCCUCUGGACCUGGCCAAGACGCUGGUGCAGACGCAGCUCAAGGACGAGUUCGUGGAGGCGGGCGAGGAGGCGGGCGAGGAGCGUGCGGGGUCGCGGCGGCAGAACCGGAUCAAGCCGAUCGCGCUGCGCAGCCCGCAGGCCGCGGAGCAGUACAAGGGGGCGCUGGACGCGCUGCAGCGGAUAUACGGCGCGGAGGGCGUGGCCGGGCUGUACCGCGGGCUGGGGUCGUCGACGGUGGCCGGGUUCAUCCAGAGCUUCUCGUACUUCUUCUGGUACACGCUGGUGCGCAAGCACUACUUCCGGCUGAAGCAGGCGCGCGGCGGCGACGCGCGGUUCUCGACGCCGGAGGAGCUGGUGCUGGGGAUCGUGGCGGCGGCGACGUCGCAGCUGUUCGUGAACCCGAUCAACGUGGUGGCCACGCGGCAGCAGACGCGCGGGCAGGCCGCGGGCGCGGCGGACAUGCGCACGGUCGCGCGCGAGGUGCACGCGGAGAACGGCUGGCGCGGCUUCUGGGCGGGUCUCAAGGUCUCGCUGGUGCUGACCGUGAACCCGUCGAUCACGUACGCGACGUACGAGCGCCUGCGCGAGGCGCUGUUCCCGACGCCGGCCGCGGCCUCGCACCUGGUGGACUCCGCGGCGCUGCUGAGCCCGGGCCAGAACUUCGUGAUGGGCGUGCUGUCCAAGAUUGUGUCCACCGUGCUGACCCAGCCGCUGAUCAUCGCGAAGGCCUCGCUGCAGCGCUCGGGCAGCUGCUUCCAGGACUUCCACCAGGUCCUGCACCACCUCUACAGCACGGAGGGGCCGCUGUCGCUGUGGAAGGGCCUCGGGCCGCAGAUCACCAAGGGCGUGCUUGUGCAGGGCCUGCUGUUCAUGUUCAAGGGCGAGCUCACCAAGAUGCUGCGGAAGCUUAUGUUCUACCUGGCGCUUCUGAGAAGCAGCCGCCGUGCAUUGAAGGGCUAG